AUGCAUUCUGAUGACAUGUCUCACUCAUUUCAUCAGGGCUCUGAGAAUCAGGGACUACAUGCUGGUGGACUCCACACAAUCCAAAACCUCCAGGUUGGAGACACAGUCUUGCCAACAAAUUCCAAAGAUGGAGCAGACAGCAUGCAUCCAUCCCAGUAUCUGGUUGGCCUUGCUGAUCCUGGAAUCAAUUUCAUUGUCCAAAGACUCAUCACUCAAGAUGAUGCUUACCAAAUAUUUGAAGCUGUUUACAUUUGUCAGCUGGGUGGUGUUAACAAUUUCUUUCAAGUGGUCAUUUCUCAUUGCAUGGUGUAUCAGAUUCCUCCACAGAGCUUUGAAAUGCCCUGUAUACCAGCUAGAAUUGCAGAGGAUGGUCCCACUUGGCAGGAUGUGCAUGGUACAGUUGGAGCCAAUGCCACUGUAUUGGUGGCUGAAGAUAAUUUCUUAUGUUGCCACUGGAGUGAUACAUAUAUGAAUUGUUUUGCAUACACUGCAGAAAUGGAAGCCAAAGCAUUUAUUCCUUCAAGAAUUGUUGAUUCAACACUUCAGCAGAUAGAUUUAAUUUGGAAUCUGCAGUUUUGGACUAAUGAAACCACAGAAGAAUUGUUUUGCAUCGUGAAAUUAUCUACUAAGUCACCAUAUUUGAAUGAAGACUUUACAGUUAAUCUAUUGCAUGCAUUAACAGAUGCAUCACUGGAAAAUUCUUCUACAAAUUCACUAAAGGAAAAUUCUACAGUCACUCACUGUAAUACUCUAAAAUCCCAAAAAUAUGAAUGUCAGAUAUCUUCAGUAAAACUGAAUCAUAUUUACAUUAUGUGGCUCAAGAUCACUAAUGGUAAUAUAUUACUGCAGUCACCACUGAUGUCAGUCAAACCUAUAGAUGUUGUAAAACCUGACCCUCCAUUAUAUCUGCAAGUUGAAAUGACAGAUACAGGACAGUUAAAAAUCUCUUGGUCUCAGCCAGCAUCUAAAUCCAACUUAUUUCUAUAUGAAGUAAAAUGUUUUACAAACUCAACUAAAAGUUUUCAACAGGUGGCUAAAAUUACCAUGGGAACAUCACUGACCAUAAAUAAUGAAUUACUCGAAUCUUCAUAUAUAAUUCAAAUUCGGUGCAAGAACCAUCAGGAAUUAGGUCUUUGGAGUGAUUGGAGCUCACCUUUUAACAUGGAUCUACAAGAUGUCAUGUAUUUCCCUUCCAAACUCCUAGCAAGUGUUGGAACAAACGUUUCUUUUUAUUGUAUUUAUAAAACCAAAAACAAAAUGAUCUCAUCAAAGAAGAUAGUGUGGUGGUUGAAUUUAGCAAAAGAAAUCCCAAGUAGUCAGUAUACUUUUGUGAAUGACUACACUAGCAAAAUUACACUUACCAACUUGCCUGCAAUGAAGCCUGGAGGAAAAUUUCUUUUUAACGCUUUAUACUGUUGUAAUGAAAAUAAGGAAUGUAAUCAUCGUUAUGCUGAACUAUACAUAAUAGAUGCUAAUAUCAAUAUCACAUGUGAAACUUAUGGCAACUUACAAAAAAUGACCUGUUCCUGGUCCAUCAAACCAGAUCCAAUACUUUUGGAGAGUACUUUGCUGUUAAAAUACUACAGAAAUGAUAUAUACUGUUCAGAAUCUCCUAGCAUGCAUUCAGAUUCAGAGGUGAAAGAAUGCAAUUUGCUGAGGAAUAAUGUCUAUGAGUGCAUCUUUCAACCCUUUUACCUUCUGUCUGGAUAUACUAUGUGGAUAGAGAUUAAGCACUCACUGGGAACAAUUACUUCAAGGCCAGUAUGUAUCCUUCCAAAAGAAGUAGUGAAGCCAUUCUCUCCCUUCAGUGUCAAAGCUGAAAUCACAGAGGACACUGGGCAACUAAAAGUGAGUUGGAAUAACCCCGAACUUCCAAAGAAUGACCUUCAGUUUCAAAUUCGAUAUGUGGCUAGUGGAGAAGACAUUAACUGGAAGAUUCAGGAAGUUUCUAAUGUAUCAGUUACCUCUGUGAGUAUUGCUAUACAAGAUCCCUGUAUAGUUUACAUUGUUCAGGUGCGCUGCAGUAUGAUUGAAGGAAUUGGCUAUUGGAGUGAUUGGAGUAGAUCUGCUUAUACAGUUAUUAAAGAUAUCAAAGCACCUUUGAGAGGACCAGAAUUCUGGAGAGUUAUUAAUGAAGAUCCCACUACAAACCAGAAAAAUGUCACUUUGCUUUGGAAGCCACUGAUGAAGAAUCUAUCUUUGUGUAGUGUUCUAGACUAUGUAGUAGAGCAUAAUACCUCAGAAAACAUUGCUUGGUCUGACUAUAUAGAAAAUGACACUACUUACACCUUUUCAUGGUCCGAAGAUAUACAUUCUGUUAAAAUUCUAGCUAUCAACUCAAUUGGACCUUCCUCUGUGAAUUUUAUUUUAACUCUCUCACAACAAAUAAGCACAGUAAACAUUGUGCAGUCUCUGAACAUCUACCCAAUGAACAGCAGUUGUGUAAUAAUGUCCUGGACACUUUUACCUAUGGAUUAUGUGGUUACAUCCUUUGUAAUUGAAUGGAUCAAUCUAAAUGGAGAAGAACAAAUUAAAUGGAUAACAGUUCCUUCUAAUGUUAGGAGGUAUCAUAUAUUUGAUAACUUCGUUCUCAUUGAGAAGUACAGAUUCAGUUUAUAUCCGGUCAUUAAUGAAGGAAUCACAAAACCUGCGAUAACAGAAGGAUUUUCCAAAG